AGGACUCUUUAAGUAAAUAUCUAUAUUUAUGUAUUUUAUAUUAAAUCCAACAAUACAAUAAUUUCUCAACAAGAAAAGAAUCGAUUCGAGCCAAGAGAAAACACUCCAACAAUGGCGAAUCAGUCAUCGGAAUUCGCCGGAGACGCCACCCUCGACGGCCACCCUCAUAUUGCCUUGAUUAACACCUUCUGCGAGAUCACCGCUUGCCCUUCCAAAUCUGAAGCCCUAUUUUUUCUGGAGUCGCACAAUUUCGAUGUCGACGCCGCGGUCUCCACCUUCCUAGACGAUGCUAACCCCAUCGAGCCCGCCGCAGCCGGUCCGGCCUCCCCGGCGGCGCAGUCGAAUGCUCACUAUUCGCCUUCCGAGUCACUGUCGCCGUCUCCUUCCCGCUCGCGAUCCCCGUCACCGCCGCCUGCGUCCUGUCCGUAUCGCCUCCGCUCCGCUGCUAAAACUGGUGCUGGUGCUUCUGCUGCUGGAGGCGCGAGACGUGGAGGCGGUGGCGGUGGCGGUGGAAUUAGGACUCUGGCCGAUCUGAAUAAGAACCCUAAUAAUGAGGAAUCUGAUAGUGAUCCUGAUUUUGAUCCUCAGGAAUACUACACCGGUGGAGAAAAGAGUGGAAUGCUUGUUCGUGGUCCACCAAGGGCGAAUGAUGUGGACGCCAUAUUCAAUCAAGCAAGACAAUCAGGAGGUGUAGAAGCAGCAGCUGAACAUCUCUUGCCUUCUUCGAGCUCGAGAAGCUUUGCUGGAACGGGAAGGCUACUCUCCGGGGAGGUGUCGUCUGCUACCCCGGAGCCGGAGCUGCCUCAAAUUGUCACCCACAACAUUACUUUUUGGAGAAAUGGAUUCACAAUUGAUGAUGGGCCUCUGAGGAGGCUUGAUGACCCUGCAAACGCCUCCUUCUUGGAGAGCAUUGCAAAGUCCGAGUGCCCGAGGGAGCUUGCACCGGCAGAUAAGAGGACUGCUGUUCAUGUUAAUCUUACAAGGAAGGAGGAAGACUACAAGGAACCAGCGAAAAAGAGUCUUCCCUUCCGAGGCGUUGGGAGGACUCUAGGUAGUACCAGUGACGCAGCGCCAAUGGAGGCGAGCAGCGUUCACACUGUGCUGACUGCUGCUCCCACGCCAUCCCCCGGUCUGGUUGUUGAUCAGGCGCAGCCUUCCACGUCCAUCCAGCUGAGGUUGGCGGAUGGCACGCGCAUGGUUUCACGCUUCAACAACCACCACACGAUCAGAGAUAUCCGAGGCUUCAUUGAUGCAUCGCGACCUGAUGGACCAAGAACUUACCAGCUGCAGUCCAUGGGUUUCCCUCCAAAACAGCUCACCGAUCUGGACCAGACGAUAGCCGAUGCUGGAAUCGCGAAUUCGGUCGUGAUCCAGAAACUAUAGCCACGGUAUAAACACUUGGCAGAUUUAUCAUCUACUAGUCUAUCAUAUUGCAGUGACUAUUAUGCUUUGGGAAACUGAUGAUGUCUUCUUAUAUUUCUGUUGAAAACUAAUUACUCUCUACUUCUUGAUUAGCCAUUUAUAUAUUCCCAUUGAUUUCA